GCCGAUUCAGUUCCAUCCGAACCGCUCGAGCGAGUGGUUGGAAUACGAAUAAACCAGUUCCCGGGGUUUCCCGACGCGAGCAGUUGACCGUUUUACACAAGUUUUUGUUCGCUUUCGUAUAUUCGCCAUCCUGCGGGCGCAUCAAGCAGUUCUUCUUCAAGCCUGCGGGACAAUUUACUCGCGUAACGAUGUUGCUCGUACGCUUUGGACUACUUGCUUACUUGUGCUUGUCGUUGGUGCUGUGCGAAGAUGACGAGGUUAUCCCAUGUGAAGGCGGGGAGUGUGUAAAACUGCACCUUUGUCAAAAUGGCUCAUUAAACACAGACGGAGCACUCCUUAUAGACAUUCGAUUUAACGAGGACAAUGAGUGCGAAGACUUUCUGCUCAAGUGCUGCCCGUUUACGGAGGACGAUGAGUUUGAUGUCCCAGGACCGUCCCACCCGGAUCAAGUGCCAGAUUCAACAGUGGAGCAAUCGACCGAUCCGACCCCCGAAACACCGCAAGGUGUUGGUCCGACUUUGCCACCACCCGCUGGUUCAUCUUCACCAUCAUCCGUUACUCCGCCUACCGGAGGUUCCGGCACAGGAGGACAUGGCACUGGUGUAGCGAUCACCACAGACAAACCAAUAACUGUACCGACGAAGUGUGGAAUACGUAAUGUCGACGGUGUAGGCUUUAGAAUUACCGGUGAUAGCGACGGUGAGUCCGAAUACGGUGAGUUUCCCUGGAUGGUGGCGAUCCUUAAAGAAGAAAAGGCACUCGAUCAGGUGAUCAACGUGUACCAAUGCGGUGGUUCACUGAUCCAUCCAUCAGUCGUGCUAACGGCGGCACAUUGCGUACAUGAUCGAAAGCCUUCGGAGAUUAAGGCACGGCUCGGCGAGUGGGACACGCAAACGAAGAACGAAAUUUUCGACUACCAGGAUCGUAACGUCGUGGAGAUAGUUUCGCAUGCGGAGUUCAACUCGAAAAAUCUGCACAACGAUGUGGCACUUCUGUUCCUUGACCAACCGGCGGAACUGAUGGAUACCGUCAACACCAUUUGCCUGCCACCGGCAGACUUCAACUUCGAUCAGUCGCGUUGCUUUGCCUCUGGCUGGGGCAAGGAUUUGUUUGGCAAGCUAGGCAAGUAUCAGGUGAUCCUGAAAAAGAUUGAGCUGCCAGUCAUGCCUCGUACUGCGUGCCAGACGGCGCUUCGCACGACACGCUUGGGUCGUCGGUUUAGCCUGCACUCGAGCUUUAUUUGCGCCGGCGGUGAGACGGGCCGUGAUACGUGCAAAGGAGACGGCGGUUCGCCAUUGAUGUGCCCCAUUCCGGGCACCGUGAAUGAGUACUAUCAGGCGGGUAUGGUGGCCUGGGGUAUCGGGUGCGGUGAGACCGGCAUCCCCGGUGUGUACGUCAACGUGCCAAAGUUCCGCGGGUGGAUCGACCAACAUCUGACGCAGCGCAACAUACCGCACAGCUAUUACACUCACUCGUAAAUCUGCGCCAGAGAGAGGUUGCUAGAACCACAAAGACCUCUGCCAUCGACUGCAAAUCAGGAAUAUCUUAGGUGCAGAUUUUACCUUUGCGAUACCUCAUGAAUAUCAACCAUUCUUCGGAGCAUUGUUUUCCUGCGGGGUUUCAAAAUGAAGAAUAGGAAUGAUUGUAAUAAAGAUUGUUUGACCAU